AAGAACCCUAGCACUACUGAGCCCUGAACUCAAACUCCUUGCUUCACCAUUUCAUCUCCUAAUUAUUUUUAGUUUCUGCUCUUCACAUCCUUAAAUUUCAUGGCGGCCAAACGUUUUCUUGAUGAACAGGAUUCGGACUUGGAUCAGCCAGUGGAUCAGAAACGAAUGAGAACUAGACCUUCCUUCGCUUCGGUGAUUGGAGAAGCAGUAAUGAUGAAUUCCUUAAAGAAUCUAUGUUUUUCCUUAGAGCCAAUGAUCAGGAGAGUGGUGAAUGAAGAGGUGGAGGGCAGUUUAAGGCGUUCAACAUGCUCUUUGACUAGAUCAUCGUCAUUGCAAAUCAAAGCCCUUGAAGCAUCUAGUCUACAACUAAUGUAUAGCAAGAGUCUCCUGCUCCCUAUAUUCACAGGGAGCAAAAUAGUUGAUCUUGAUAGUUCUCCCCUGCAAAUCCUUAUUGUAGACACGAGGGGUGAUCAAAUGGUGCCGACAUAUCUCCCUCACCCGCUCAAGAUUGAAGUUGUGGUUCUCGAUGGAGAUUUCCCUUCGAAUGAUAGCAGCAAGUGGACAAGUGAAGAAUUUGACAGCAAUAUUGUGAAGGAGAGAACAGGCAAGCGACCUUUGCUCGCCGGAGAUUGCUUAACGGUCACUCUACGGGAUGGAUUUGCACCCAUUGGAGAGAUUGAGUUCACGGACAACUCGAGCUGGAUCAGGAGCAGGAAAUUCAGGCUCGGUGCAAGAGUAGCUCCGGGGAGCUACCAAGGCGUUAAAAUCCGUGAAGCAAUCACCGAAGCUUUUGUUGUCAAAGAUCACCGUGGAGAAUUGUACAAGAAGCAUCAUCCACCAAUGCUACAAGACGAAGUUUGGCGGCUUGAGAAGAUAGGGAAAGAUGGAGCUUUCCACAGAAAGCUAACCGCCGAGGGUAUUAACACCGUGCAAGACUUCUUGAAGUUGUCUGUUGUCGACCGACAGAAACUCAGGAGGAUUUUAGGCCCUGGGAUGUCUGAGAAAAUGUGGGAAGUUACAAUAAAACAUGCGAGGACUUGUGAUCUGGGGAACAAUCAUUUUAUUUUUCGCCGCCCCAAUUGCACCAUCACCUUAAACUCUAUAUGUCAAAUCGUGCACGCCAUGAUCGAUGGGAAUUCAUACUCCAACAAGGAGCUUGCAAGCAUAAGGGGUUAUAUCGAGACUUUGGUGAGACACGCGUAUGCAGAAUGGAACUCUUUGGAGGAGGUUGCUGGAGUUCCAAGUGACAGUACUCCUCUGCUCACUCAAGGUGAGCCAGUGGAUCAGUACCUGAAACAGCAUCAGACGACUGUGAAAUCAUUUCCACCACUUGGGUAUUCAACUGAUCAUAAUAGAUACCUUGAGAUGGGGAACGUGCCAAGCAAUGCAUACAACAACUGGAAAAUAACUUCAAAUUACUAUCAUGGCGCAGCAGUUGAACAGGGAAUCCAGUAUAGCAUCUCGGAGUCGUCAUCAGAUGGUGAAAUAACAUCCAAGUCCUACAUCAAUGGCGAUCGAUAGAGUGGAUCGAUCGAUCGAUCGAGCGUUAGCUAAGAUGCAGAAAACAUAAUUAAGAAUCUACUCGGAUGCCACAGUUUGUAAAAUGAUAAUAUGGCAAUGGUGUGUGAAAUAGCUAGUCAAUAUUGUUCCCACACAAUAUCUCCGAUGCCCCAGCAGCUAAAACUAUCCCGCACUUUCCAUGGAAGUGCACUAAUGUAAAUAUUUAAGCAAUAGAAAGUGAGAGAAGCUACACAGGAAAUCCCUGGAGUUUGACAA